AUGUGGCGGCGGCGGGCGAGGGGCGGCGGGGCCGGGGCCGGGGCCGGCGGGGCCGGGGGGAGCUGGUGGCCGGCGGCGACCCUGGUGCUGGCCCUGUGGCUGCCGGCGGCGAGGUCCGGCGGGCUGUACUCGGCCAGCGACCCUUUGGAGCUGCUGGGGCCGGGGGCGGCGGGGAGGCUGCUGGGAUCCCCCAGCGCCUGGGCCGUCGAGUUCUUCGCCUCCUGGUGCGGGCACUGCGUCCACUUCGCGCCCACAUGGCGGGCGCUGGGCCACGACCUCCGCGAGUGGAGGCCUGCGGUGAUGCUGGCGGCCAUCGACUGUGCUGACGAGGCCAACCAGCAAGUGUGCAGUGAUUUUGGGAUAACUGGCUUCCCCACGCUCAAGUUCUUCAGAGCUUUUAGCAAGAAGGCAGAGGAUGGGAUAAGGAUUACCAAUCCCAGCGCCACCGUCGAGGACCUGCGCCAUGCCAUCAUCACCAACCUCGAGCAGAGCCAGGACUCCUGGCCGCCCGCCUGUCCUCCGCUGGAGCCGGCGAGCGCUGAGGAGGUUCGGACUUUCUUCCAGAGGAACAAGGACCGGUACCUGGCACUGAUAUUUGAGAAUAGCGACUCCUUCGUGGGCAGAGAGGUGGCGCUGGACAUGCUGCAGUACGAGAACUUGGCGGUGAGGAGGGUGCUGAGCAGCGAGAAGGAGCUCGUGGAGAAGUUCGGCGUCACCUCCUUCCCCUCCGGCUACCUGCUCCUCCGCAACGGCUCCUUCUCCCGCCUGCCCGUGCACAUGGAGGUGCGUUCCUUCUACACCUACUACCUGCGCACACUCUCGGGCAUCACCCGCGGCUCCUACAAGCUGAACACGACCGUCGACGCUUCUAACGACACCAGCACAGCCCAGCCGAAAUGUGCCGACCGCUCCAAGGUGUACAUGGCCGACCUGGAGUCCACGCUGCACUACUCGCUGCGGGUGGAGGCCGCCCGCGCCGCCACGCUCUCGGGAGCCCAGCUGGCCGCCUUCAGGUGCUACGUGGCCACGCUGGUGAAGUACUUCCCCGGGCGCCCCUGCGUGCAGACCUACCUGCAAACCCUGGACAGCUGGCUGAAGAACUGGACAGAGCCCGAGCUGCCCCGCAGCACCUUGAAGGAGGCCAUGAAGAAUAACAGAAAUGCCUCCCCAUCAGCCAUGCUCCCCACCAACGUGACUUGGGUGGGCUGCCAGGGCAGCGAACCCCACUUCCGUGGCUACCCCUGCGGGCUCUGGACCAUCUUCCACCUGCUGACCAUCCAGGCUGCCCAGAGCGGCCCCGACAAAGAGCUGCCGCUGGAGGUGCUGAGCACCAUGCGCUGCUACGUCCGGCACUUCUUCGGCUGCCAGGAGUGUGCCCAGCACUUUGAGGCCAUGGCAGCCGAGUCCAUGGACCGGGUGGUGGGCCGGGAGGAGGCCGUUCUCUGGCUUUGGUCCCACCACAACAAGGUCAACGCUCGCCUGGCAGGAGGUGACACGGAGGACCCCAAUUUCCCCAAGCUGCAGUGGCCGCCGCCGGACAUGUGUCCCCAGUGUCACAAGGAGGAACGAGGGGUGCACGCCUGGGAUGAGCCCGCUGUGCUCACCUUCCUCAAGGUGUAUUUCUCCCCGACCAACAUCCACCUGGACUAUGUGCAGACCGACCCCGUGCCCGUGGUUGGGGAGGGGACGGGCGCCAGGCUGGGCACCGAGAGCCCGCGCGAGGAGAGGGAGAAAGAGGAGGAAGAGGAGGAAAAGGAGACGGAGGGCGAGAGGAGAGCUCCGAGGCGACCGGGCUCCCCCGAGCCCCGGCGCCCCAGCAUCGUGCGGCUGAACCCCAAUCCGCGGGAGGCGGGCGAGGACAUUGUGGACCUGGACUCCUUCAGCGAGCAGCACUUCAAGAGCCAAGCCCUGCGAGCGGCGGCCGGCCGGCGCCGGCGGCUCAGCAAGCGGGACACCAUCGCCCUGCCCCGGGAGGCCGGCGCGGGCCGGGAGCACGGGCGGGCUCCCGCUGCCCUGCUCCGGGAGGAAGAGGAGGAGGAAGCCGGGGAGGGCGUGCGGAGGAGCCCCUGGCUGCGGGUGCUCGGCUUGGGCUUCUCCCGCCUGGACGUCAGCCUCUGCGUUGCCCUCUACUUCCUCUCCUCCAUGUGCCUCCUGGGCAUGUACACUUUCUUUCGCCUCCGCACCCGCGCCCGGAAAGGCCGUCUCACUUUCCCCGGGGCCUGAGAGCAGUUGUGGGGUGGGGUGGGGGGGGAAUGGGGGCUGCCCCCGGGGUGGGGGGGCUGCUGAGCCACUGCACCCCUGGGACAGCGUUUUGUCACCCAGCGGGAAGGGGUUUGGUGCAUCCCCCACCCCGGAGCUGCCCUGCUCACAGCAGGUGCCUCACCCAGGGUGGGGAAUGGAGGAUGGAGGGCUCUUUUUUUGGGGGGGGGGGGGGGGGGAAGGAGGUGUUGGAGCAUCCCUCCCUCAGGUCGCGGUGCCACGUUUUUGGGUGCACGGGAGCUGAGACGCUGACGGCAGUUUGUGUCUCAGCUCCCAGCUACCCUCGGGAUCUCCCUGGUGCUGGGCUGGUUUCAAACUGGGAAGCCCAGUCCCAGGCUGGGGAGCAGCCCUUUGGGGUCAAACCACUAGACGGGCCAGGAGGGUGGGGGUUUAGCCCCCCAAAAAAGCAGGCACUGUGCUGGGAGAGGGGGUGGCAGUCAUGGGUUCAGCUGCAUUUUAUGUGUGUCCCCCUUUGAGACGUGGACUGGGGCCUCCCCACCUUUCCUUGCCCCCCCCGCCCCGCUCCCCUCCCCGUGCUCUUGCUCACUCUGUGCUUGUUUUAGUGGAAUAAAUUAUUUUUGCUGACACCA